CUGCUCAGCGUAUUAGCUUUAAGCUUCAAUUGUGGAGGCACAAAGUUGCCCAUCUGCGACUGCCCGCUAUUGACUAGUUCUGGCCCAUCUUGCCACUGCCAAACAUGCGAGGACAUAGGACUAGCAAUCAGCACCUGGAUACACCAUGAAACGCUGCCAAUGUGCGAAAGUGAUACUUGGUUUCAGCUUUUCGGUGCCGCUAGCUCCACUCAAUAGUUAGUAUGACCAUUUGAAUUCACAGUAAAAUGAUCGACUGCAGAAUCGUCUUACUCCUGCCAGCCGGGGCACUGUCAACUGCCCCAAGAACUUGCUCGAUUCUGCAAAUGGACAAUAACAAGCUGUGGCUGAAUAAAAAUGGAUAGUUGAAAACUAGCACAUGUGCUGUGGAAUCGCCCGGCGAAGAAGGACGCGCACACGAGCGACAUGCGCGGCCGGGCUGGCCUUUCCGCUGCUCGUAUGCAGCUUGCUACACACUUGCGGUGGACUAGGCACAGCGGGGGCAGGCCUGCCGGGCAAGGCACACGACGCUGACACGGUGUGGGACGUGGCCUGGGUCGCCACAGCCGCAGCCAGUGGCGGCACUCUGACACACCGCGGCAGCGGGGGGGUCACCACCAGCGCCGUCCGCGGUGACACUAGCAGCAGCAGCACCGCCACCAGCAGCAGCAGCAGUAGCAGCAGCAGCAGCAGUAGCAGCAGCAGCAGGCGCCAGGCGCGCUCCCUCCUGCAGUCUUCGCUCAGCUGCCCCGCCGCCACCAGCUGCAACGCCGAAACCACCGCCUGCGGCGGCGGCCCCCACGCCGCCUUCGCCGCCGCCGCCGAACUGGACCCCGGUGCCGUGCUGCCCAACGCGCUCAACUUCACAGCCGCCCUGGGGCCCCCCACCUUCGCGGCGGGCAACAGCAGCUGUGUGGACAGCUGGCAGGCGGUGCUGGCGGCGGAUGCGGCCGGCGCGGCGGGCGCUGCGCCGCUGGCAGGUCAGCUGUGGAGCCUGAGCUCGGGCGUGAGCGGGCAGCAGGCGCCGGGGCAGCUGUACCCGGUGCGGUUCAGGCUGGAGGCGCCGCUGUAUGCGUGCCAGGUGUCUGUGCUGGUGGUGAGCAGUCCUCCGAACGGCGGCGUCAAGGCCGUCACCUUGCACGACGACUACAACGGCUUGACACGGGCGGCUGUCUGCCAGCCCCGCCUGCCCGCCUGCACCGGCGCCUCCGGCUCCGCCUCCUCGCGCGCCUACUGGCACAGCUGCGACGUGUUAGCCGCCACCACCCUCACCUCCUCCGUCAGCGUGCAGCUGGACCUGACUGCGGUCAUUGACGCGGUGCGGGUCACCGGCUACGCCACCCUGUCGCCGCCCUCACCACCGCUGCCGCCCGCGCCGCCCUCCCCAGAGCCCCCGCUGCCGCCCUCACCGGCGCCGCCCUCCCCAGCCCCGCCGCGACCCCCGCCCCCCUCACCACGCCCACCGCUGCCCUCCCCCUUUCCGCCCCCGCCCCCAAAGCCGCCCUCGCCCGGGCCCACCCCGCCCCCCACACCGCCACUGCCGCCCAGUCCCGCGCCCAGCCCGCCCUCCCCGGACCCGCCCUCCCCGGACCCGCCCGCCCCUCCAUCCCCCAGCCCGCCUCAGCCCCCAUUCCCCCCAGCCCCCUCUGGAUCCUGGAACUCAUCGGGCGCCUUGGCUCCCAACUCCAGUUCUGGAUCCGGCAGCUUCUCACAGCCCCUGCAGGUUCCCGCCAGCUUCCUGGCUACUGCCGCCGCCCCCUUAUCACUUCUGUACGCGGCAUGGGACAUGCAGGCGGUGCAGCGCGGCAGUAGCAGCAGCAGCAGCAACGAUGGCACGGGGAGUAGCAGUAGCAGCAGCAGCUUUGGGGACCUGACGCGGGCGCAGCUGGUGUCGCGUGCUUACCCCACCGCCGCUACUGCUGUGGUGCGGGCGGUGCGGGUGGAGGCGCCGCCGCUGGUGCUCCCAGACACGCAGCUGUCCUGCUCGGGCGCCCGGCUGACCGACCUGCGCUCGCGGCUGAGCGGUGUGGUGCUGCAGCUGGGCGGCGGCCGAGUCGACCUCGCCUGCAACACAGUGCCGCCGCCGCCCGCGCCGCCAGACCCACCCGCGCCGGCGCCAGACCCACCCGCGCCGGCGCCGGCGCCGGAGCCUGCCGCCGCCGCGGCGGCGGCCUCAGCAGCGGAGGAUCCUGAUGCCUCCGUCACGAGCGCGGGAAACAGCGCCGCACCGACUCGGCACCUGCGAAGUCGGGCGCUGCUGCAGCAGCCGCAGUCCACAGGCAACAGUCCAGCUGACAGCAGCAGCGCCAGCAGCGCCGACACCACCACUGCGGACCCUAGCAGCAGCCUGUCACCGCCGCCGCCGCCGCCUAGCUGCCUGUUUGGGCAACAGCUCCCGCCGCCCGGCGCCUCCUACAUCGCUGUGUCGCUGCGCCUAGCCGCCGCCGACGCCUGGUCAGGCAACGUCAGCGCCGCCGCCGCCGCACUGGGGGCGCUGGGCGGCGGCGCGCUGGCGGCGCGGCUGGCGGACACGCUGGUGGGGUGGCGGGCGGCGGGGCGGGCGGCGCUGGCUGGGCUGUGCCUGCCCGCCGCGGCUGACAUGACUGUGGUGACCGAGGCCCGGGUGGCGUUCGCGGCGCCGCUGAGCCCCCAGGGCCGUGUGUCCUACCUGCGCCUCUGCCCCCUCACCUGGGGUCUGGUGCCCGCCGCCGCCGCCACCAACCUCACCGCCGCCGCCGUGCCCGGCGGCCUCCGGGCCCUGCUGCUCUCCAACUCCACCGCCUCCACCGCCUUUGCCCCCGCCUACCCCUCCCCCGGAUCCCUCGCCUCGCCCGAGGAGCAACAGGCGCAGCUGCUGGCGCAGCUGCAGGCCCGCAUGACAGUCGCGCAGCAGCUGGGGUUGGCGGGCAGUGCGGGCUGUGUCGUGUCAGACGUGCUGACGGCGGCGGGGGCCGCGGACGGAGCUGGUGGUGGCGGCGGCGGCGCCGGCUGGUUGCUGCGUGCGGCGGCGAACCUGACAGAUGCGGAGGCGCCGGCGGCGCUGCUGUUUGCGGCGUGGGACGUGGUGGUGCGGCUGAGCGCUGCUGGCGGCGGCAGCGGCGGCGGCAGCAGCGGCGUGUCGACAGGGGGUGGCGGAGCGGCGGUGGCAGUAGCAGGGCUGUACCCUGGUGCCAGCGGGAUGCGGCUGAGGGCGGUGCGGCUGGAGGCGCCGCCGCUGCUACUGCCGAUUGGGGUGCCGUGUUCCAGCGCGCGGCUGUCCGACCUGCGCACCCGCCUCAGCCUGGCAGCACUGGGCCUGGGCCUCGCCGCCAGCAGCGCCAACAUCAGCUGCGUCGCCGCACCCGACCCCGCACCCGCACCGCCGCCGCCCCUCACGCCCAGCCCCACAGCGCCCCCGCCCGCCCCCUCCACGGCAGGCGUCGCGCUCGCUGCUGCCCGCCGCGCGCUCCUGCAGACAGACCCCACAACCGGCAGUAGCACCAGCAGCAGCACUGGCGGCAGUAGCAGCUGCCAGGAUGCUGCAGCUACGCCCCAGCCGGGCCAGUCGGUGUUGUCAGUGGUGAUGCGGCUGGCACCCGCGCCGGCGGUGACGGCAGACGGUGCCGCGGCCGGCGCGGGUGCGCUGGCGGCGGCGGUGGAUAGCGGCGCGGCGGCGGCGCGGGUGGCGGCGGCGCUGAGUGCCUGGGCGGCGGCGGCGGCGGCGCAGCUGGGGGGCCGGGACGUGCUGUGCCUGCCGGCGGCUGAGCAGCUGGGCACGGUCCUUGAGGCGCGGGUGACCUACCGUCUGCCGCUUAGUGCGUCCGGCCGCGAUGCCUACCAGUCCGCCUGCGCCACCGCCGCCGCCAGCGUUCUCGCCAGCGGCAGUCUUGAUGGCGACAUAGGCCUGCCAAACGUCGAUAGCAGCGGCAGUGGCAUAGCAGGACUGCCGGCGGCGCGUGCGACGGAGCUGGGUCUGAACGGCACUGUGGGCUGCGCCCUCGCAAGCAUGGACUUGGUCGCGAGCGAGGGCGGCAGUAGCAGCAGCCCGCCGGGUGGCAGUAGCGGCGGCAGUAGCAGCGGCGACUCGGGUGGCAGCAGCAACCAGGCAGCUAUCAUCGGGGCGUCGGUGGGCGCGGCAGUGGGCGUCACGGCACUGGCCGCGGGCGUGUUCCUGUACCGCAGACGCAGGGCCGCGAGCAGCUCGGGCGCAGUCAAGCCCCAGGCGGCUGACGAGGCGGCCAAGGACAAGGAGCGGGCGGCGGGGGGCGAGGGCGAGGGAGAGGGAGAGGGUGGGAAAUUGGGUGGCGUGGCAGGCGUGCCGGCGGCGCGGGAGCAGUCGGAGGGCAACGGCUCCUCGCUAUUCACCUCUAGACCGGCCGGCCAGCUACAGCCACAGCCGCAUGGGCUGGGCGGCAGUAGCAGCCUGCUGCGCUCGCCCUCACGCGCCGCCGUGCAUCCUGUGGCGGCAGCUUCUGCCGGUGCUGCUACUGCCGGUGCGGCUAUGGUCAGCGGGCCGGGCGCCGUCACCUCCAGCGGCGGCCCAUCGCUGCUGUAUGCGGCAGUAGCGACGUCGGUGUCAGCGGGGCGGCCGGGACCCCGCGGCGGGGCGGCGGGAGGCGGCGGCCUCGGCCCCAGCGGCGUGACACGCUCCCGGUCUGCCACAACCGGCGCGGCGGCCGCCUUUGGGGAAACACCAGACGGCGGCGGCGGCGGCGUGGCAGGAGCUCUGCGGUCGCUGGGGCGGCGGCUUGGCUUGCUGGGCAGUCCCUCACACUUCAGAGUGCAGCCCGCAGCAGCCGCAGCUGGCGCCGGCGGUGGCCGUGGAGGGGCAGGGACAGGGGCAGGUGGAGGCGGGUCCGCCUGGCAGCAGGGCGCAGCCGGCGAGCAGCGCAAUGUGCUGUUUCUGUGGGACCAGGACUCGACCCCCACUGCCGCCCCAGGCAGUGCACCACACCGGCUGCCGCUGGCUGCGUCUGCGGCUGCUGCUGCUGCUACUGCUGCUGCCGCUGCUGCUGCUACUGCUGCUGCCAAGUUGUCGCAUUCAGCGGCGGGGCCGCCGCGGGGCGCGCUGGCAGCCGGCGCCGGUGCAGGGGGCGCAGGGGCCGGAGGGCUGCUGGCCGCGAGGAGCGCCAGCAUAGGCACCGGGCCCGACAGCGGCAGCGGCGGCGGCGGCGGCGGCGCUGCGGGUGGCUUGAGGGCGGGGGUCGCGCCGGCAGGCCUGCGGGCGGCGAGCAGUACUGAGAGCGGGCCUGUGAGCCGUGGCGCCGCCCACCACAGUGGACUGCUGGCGUCGCCCUACUCGCAGCGGACGCUGCCGGCAGAGCACGAAGGCCUGCUAGCCGCUGGCAUAGCGCUGGGAGCCGCCGGCAGUGGCGGCGGUGGAGAAGGGGAGGAGGAAGCGCAGCAGCAGCAGCAGCAGGCGGCAGGGGUGCCGCUGGAUGCGGGGGGUGGGGGGGAUGGGGAGGAGCUGCUGCCGGGCGCGCGUCAGGGCAGCUACAGCCGCGGAGCUGGCGGCAGCGGCGCGGGGCCGCAUGGUGCUACUGCCGCGGCGGCGCGGGUGCCAAGCCAGCGCGGCGGCAGUGGGGAUGGCAGCGGUAGCGCUGGUGGUAGUGGUGGUGACGGAUAUGGUGGUGGUGGUGGUGGUGGUGGUGGUGGUGGUGGUGGUGGUGGUGGUGGUGGUGGUGGUGGUGGUGGUGGUGGUGGUGGUGGUGAUGGUGGUGGUGGUGGUGGUGGUGGUGGUGGUGACGGAUAUGGUGGUGGUAGCAGGGGCAGCAUGGACCGGAGAUCUACUGAGCUGCCGCCACUGCGGCACCCAGCCGGCCAGUUGCCGCCGCUGGGCCGCGCCCCGGCCACGCUCCCACCCCUCCUCCCUACCGGCGCCGCCGCGGCGGCCCCUGCAGCCGUUGCAGCGGCCCUCCUGCCCGCGGCCCCGGCGCCGGCUGCCCCCCUCUCGCCCUCCCCGCCCGGUCCGAGUGUGCUGCCCGUGCUGCCCCCGCGGACGGGCUCACUGCGGGCCGGCGGCGGUGGCGGCGGCGGUGGCGGCGGCGGUGGCGGCGGCGGUGGCGGCGGCGGCGGCGGUGGCGGCGGCGGCGGAGGUGGCGGCGGAGGUGGCGGCGGCGGCUGGCGGCCCGGGGGUCGGCGCGCCUCCUCCGGGGCGAGCCACAGCAGCGAGCACGCCGCGCCCGCCAGUGGCGGGGAGCACGCGAGCGGUGGGGUCCUGGGUGGUGCGGGAGUGGGUGCGGGCGCGGGUGCAGGGGCGGGGCCAGGGGCGAAUGUGGGAGCGGGAGCGGCGUCGGGUGUGGUGGGGCAGUGGGAGGCCGCCCGGGGGCCUGUGUGAGAGCUCGGCGUGUGGCCUGGUGCCUGGUGGCGGCGUGGUGGUGGCCGGGCUGGCGGCUCUUGCGCCCAGGAAAGCCCUGCUUGCGCCUGUGCUGUGGGGCUUUUGGCGCGUGGUAAGGCGUGUGGGGGACGGCUCGAGCGACCCAGGCGCGCUGGGGUGCAUACGACACAUGUGCGCGUUCGCCAUUUUGCGAGUGAGGAGGGGCGGUGGUGCGCCGUAGCAGGCAUAUGGUAUCAUUGCGAAAGACGCCGCGCUUUAGUGCAGUGAUGCUUUGUUUGUGUCCAGCAAAAAUAGCGCAGUCUCAUCUGCGGUACUGUUGUUGUAUUCUUAGGUGGACGAGUGGGCAUGGCGUCUUCCUGCCAAGGCCUGCAUACGGUAUGCAAUGUUCAAUUCAUUACUGUGCACUCUUGAGCACGGCAACUGCAUAUGUUGCUGGCGUGUAGAAUGGGGACGCUUCCGCGUCGUGACGAAUGGGACAAGCGGCCGCUACACCUACCACGUGCCGCACACACACCGCCAACGUCCAAGGGCUCCGCGCUCCACACACCCAGGCAGCGCCCACACGAGUGGCACGUCGGGGCGCACACACAUUUGACUUUUCGAUCGGG